AUGUCGUCGGAAUGGUUCAGAUACGUACCUCCGAACGAGGAUCCUCCUCCUCCUCCUCCUGAGCUAAAAGAAUGGGCUCAGGGCACAGCGUACGGAAUGCUGUUCGGAAUGGCAUACGGCGCGUACGUCAACUCACCCACGACUUCGUCAGAACAACAACAAGCAGUUAAAAGUAGUAGCAGCAAUAGUAGCAGUAGUAGUAGUAGUAGCAAUAAUAAUAUGAACAAAACGACAUCUUCUUCCUCAGCAACGGCAACCCCGUUGUUGAAUUCCAAGCACAGAGUGGAGCGAAUGAUACGAGGCAUCACCAUGCACGGCGUUCGAAUAGGAUCUUUUGCGAGUUGUUUCACCGCCGUUCGCUUGUAUUCCAAAGCCACUCGAGAUAUCGACGAUUAUUUGAACUACGUCUUCGCCGGUGGCUUAACGAGUGGCUUGACUGGCUUAGCAAUUCCAGGAAGUCGAGCGAAAGGUUUGCUCUACGGCGUUGUAUUCGGGAGCGGCGUGUGCUUGCCCAUUGGGUACAUGAUGGAAGAGAGCAAUAAAUGGAUGGUUGAAAAUGGGCUGCAGAGCUCACACCAAGAGAAAAGACAAGAGUAUGAAAAGUUGAAACAAAGCGUAGGGAAGAAAAGGGAAGACGACGUGACGAUGAAAGUCAUAGAAAGAAUGGAAAGAGAAUUGAACGAAAACGUAGACGGUAGAGGCGAGGAGAGAUGGUGGAAGUUUUGGCGACGACGUGGUGCUUAA